CACUCUUUACCAGAGGAGCCGUGAGAUGUACUUCCUGAUUACACAGGAACUUCAGCUGAUAUGUGCAAAAGGCGGUGCGACGUGUGCAAGUGGUUACUUAUAGACUGACCCAUGAGUGUCUUAUGAGCUCCCACGUAUGAAAGAGACAGAAAAGAUGGACGACAUAGAUGCCAUGUUCAGUGACCUGCUCGGAGAGAUGGAUCAUCUCUCUCAGAGUUUAGUGUCUGCGGCAGACGCACCAGAUGUGGUUCCUGCCUCACAGAGAAAGAGCACCUUCUCCAUUGGCUUCACAGACUUAAAUGAGUCUCUUAAUGAACUGGAAGACCACGACCUGGACGCUCUGGUAGCUGAUCUUGGAUCAAAUUCAACCACAAAGGCCAGCAGCGGUACAGAUAAUCAAACUGCACAAUCAGCCGUGACUCAGGAGUCUGUAACUGCACUUCCUCCACCAUCAAACAAUGCUGAAUCAUCUAGAGAACUGAAUACGCACAAACCCCAGACAAAGGCAGACAAAAUCAAAUUGGCUCUGGAGAAACUGAAAGAAGCCAAAGUGAGGAAGUUGAUAGUAAAAGUUCUGAUGAGUGAUGGCAGCGCCAAGACACUGAUGGUGGACGAGAGACAGACGGUCCGAGAGGUUUUGGACACACUGUUUGAGAAGACACAUUGUGACUGCAGCAUCGACUGGACCCUGUGUGAGACCAACCCUGAGCUGCAGAUCGAAAGAGGAUUUGAGGACCACGAAUAUUUAGUGGAGCCGCUCUCUGCAUGGACUCGAGACAGCGAAAACAAAAUCUAUUUUGUGUCGAGACCUCAGAAGUAUGUGAUGUUCAAAGAACCUCAGUUGUUCUACAUGUGGAAAAAGAAGAAAGCAUCUUUAAAGGGGAUUAACGAACAAGCCAAGCAACUCCUGCUCAAGGAGCAUUUUGAGGGUUCCACUGUGAUUGUUCCUGACCUCGAGGGCACGCUGUACCUAAAGGAGGACGGGAAAAAAGUGUGGAAACCUCGUUAUUUCAUGCUCAGAGCCUCCGGCAUCUACUAUGUACCCAAAGGAAAGACAAAGUCUUCCAGUGAUCUGGCCUGCUUCAUCCAUUUUGAAAAAGUCAACAUCUACACCACCAACAACUACAAACAGAAAUACAGAGCGCCCACCAACUUCUGCUUCAUACUGAAGCAUCCCUGCAUCCAGAAAGAGUCGCACUACAUCAAGUUCCUGUGCUGUGACGAUCAACACACACUGUUGCUUUGGACCAAUUCCAUCAGAACAGCCAAGUAUGGGACUGUCCUGUAUAAGAACUACCAGGCUGCGAUGAAGACAGCCUCCAGUUCGCAAACUCUCCACUUAGCUGCAUACAAAGACAAAUCCAACGUUGACAGCUAUCCACACGAGCCACCGCCUGACUUCAUCCCUCCUCCUCCUCCUGGACACACACAAGUUUGAGACACAUCUGUGUAUCAGGUUUAACAACAGCUAGUCUGAAUUUAGCCCGUUUAGCUUCCAUUGCACACACAUCUGGACAUAUGUCUAACCUGGCUCCCGCUUUUUGUUUAAGGAACACGCAAACAUGCAGCAGUGAAUAUGAUACAUUAGAAGAAACUUUUAUUUAUUCUCAGACGUGUACUCAUAUUUAUUUGUAUUUCACAUUUUCUGCAAUGACACACAGAACACACACUUCUGUUCAUUGUUUCACUGAGCUGUUUAUUACAAAAAGACUGUACAUAAAUUUCAAUGAACACGUCCUAUGUACAAACUGAGAGAAGACAAAUAGUGGAUUCUGUUCCCAUGAACAUUUAAGUUACUGACCCCCCGCCCCACGUUUCAUCAUUAAGAAAACACACAUCAAAGAAAGGCGCCUUGACCUGUGAUGCCCUGAAAUGCUAGACGUUAAGUGGUAAACAUUACAAAGUUCUGCACAUCAGUGGUUGUCUCAUGAUUUCUCUAUGAAAAAAGUAUAAAUUAAUCCUUUACAUACAAACCGCUAGCGCGCCUUCCUCAGCAGUCUCUGACACAAAAAAAAAGUUGAAUGCAAAGCUAGAAAUACAUUAGGUAGAAAAAGUUGUUUUGUCACAAAAAAUUACCUCAUGAUGGAAAAAAUACAAUCAAGAAUGGGAUGUAGUGGCAAAUCAUUCACUGUAAUGACGUUCAGAUACUUUCAUGCACAGAGGCUGAGUGAAUACUGUUUCAUUUUCUGUAUGGAAACCUGAAAAUGUUUCCUCUAGAUCACAUGCCCUCUCAAAACAUAAGUCUGUAUCCAUGUCAAAAUAAAGGUUCAUGUUCAACGCC